AUGCUGUUUUCAAAGCUCCUCUUGGCUGCACUUGGCGGCGCAACUGCCGCCCUGUCCGCUCACGUCUCACGUUGUGCGCUCAAUUCCAACCGUAAUCCCGCCUUCCUCAACGACAAGAGCGCAAAAUUCCAGGUCAACCGCACCGGUGUCCCUGGGGUGGACUUCGACAUCGGCGAGUCGUACGCCGGGAGGCUGCCCAUCGCAGGGCCCAAGCGGUCCAACAGCUCCAGUGCCAACGAGCUCUUCUUCUGGUUCUUCCCUUCGAGGAACCCGGAUGCCAUCAAUGAGAUCACCGUUUUCCUCAACGGCGGCCCUGGCUGCAGCUCCAUGGCCGGCCUGCUGCAGGAGAACGGCCCUUUCCUCUGGCAGCCGGGAACUUACUCGCCCCAGCCGAACCCUUUCUCUUGGACAAACCUGACCAACAUGGUUUGGAUUGACCAGCCCAUUGGCACUGGCCUUUCCUCGGCAGAUCCAGGAGCCGGCCUCAAUAUCACGAAUGAGCAUGACGUGGCCGUACACUUCGCUGGUUUCUGGAGGAACUUCAUUGACACUUUCGAUAUGUAUGGCUAUGAUGUUUACCUGACCGGCGAGUCGUAUGCAGGCCAGAUGAUCCCCUACAUCGGAGACUACUUCCUGAAGCAGUCAGAACAUGGUUCUGACAACGAUUACUUCAACCUCAAGGGGAUCCAGCUUAUUGACCCUGCCAUCGGGCCUCUUGGCGUCAUGGAGCAGGCACCCGCAGUCCAGUACCUCAACGCGCGCCGCAGCUACUUCAACCUUAACGAUACUUUCAUGGAGCACAUCAACCAGGAAGCCCUGUAUUGCGGGUUCACGGAAUACAUGGACAAGGCGCUCACAUUCCCUCCCAAGGGCCCGAUCCCCCUACCCUUAUCCAUGAACGCCACCGCCGGAACCCUCCACGACAAGUGCCAGCCGUGGGUCGAGAUCGCCGAGGCCGCGCUCUACGUCAACCCGUGCUUCGACCCCUACCACAUCACAAACUUCUGCCCCUUCCCCUCGAACCAGCUGGGCUUCCCCACGCUGGGCUGGGGCCCCAACAACUACUUCAACCGCAGCGACGUGCAGGACGCGCUCAACAUCGGCGAGCCGCGGCCCAACUUCAUGCUGUGCAAGGAGACGGAGUUUGGCCUCGACGACUCGGAGCCCUCGGCGUUCAGGAUGAUCCCGUCCAUCAUCGAGCGCACGGGCAACGUGGUCAUCGCCAACGGCGAGCUCGACUUCCUCAUCAUGUCCAACGGCACCCUGGCCGCCAUCAACAACAUGACGUGGCAGGGCCUCCAGGGGUUCCAGGAGUCGCCGUUCAAGGGCGGCGACAACUUCUUCGUGCCGUACAACCCGACCAUCGGGCCUGCCAUCGACGCCACGUUGUCGCAGAGGCGCAUCCCCAGCCUGUCGGUCGGCCUCGUCGGCGGCGGUGGCUGGUAUGGCAAGACGCACACGGAGCGCGGGCUGACGUUCACCACUGUGGCGCUGGCGGGGCACGAGAUCCCGCAGUAUGCGCCCGGCGCGGCGUACAGACUGCUCGAGUUUACGCUUGGGCGGGUGGAUAACCUGACGGAGGUUGGCGAGUUCACCACGGUAGGAAACUGCGUUUCGUGA